AUGGGGAAAUCAGAUGAAAACAGCCUCGGUUUGGUUGGAUCAAUGAAUCUCCAAGGCGGAGGAGGGAAGAUCAUGCCGGCGGCGAAUACAGGACCGACCAGAAGGGCACUGAGCGCUAUUAACAAGAACAUCAUCGAACCUCCGUCUUACCCUUAUGCUGUCAACAACAAGAGAUCACUUUCCGGAAGGAAUGCCAUCUGUAACAAGCCGCCUGUGCAUCGGCCAAUCACUAGGAAGUUUGCUGCUCAAUUAGCUGAUAACAAGCCUCAAAUCCGGGAUGAGGAAAACAUCAAUGUGGAUGAUAAUGAUAAGGAAGAAGGAGGCGACUUUAAUGAGCCAAUGUUUGUGCAACACACGGAAGCAAUGAUGGAGGAGAUUGAAAUGGAAGACGCUGAGGAAAAAGAAGAGCAAGUGAUCAACAUUGACGCUUGCGAUGAGAAGAAUCCUUUGGCUGUAGUUGAAUACAUCGAAGAUAUAUACAACUUCUACAAGAAAAUUGAGGAACAUAGUUGCGUGGCUCCUAACUAUAUGGAGAACCAGAAAGAUCUCAAUGAGAGGAUGAGAGGAAUCCUUAUUGACUGGUUGAUUGAGGUGCAUUACAAGUUUGAACUGAUGGAGGAAACCCUUUAUCUCACAAUCAGUGUCAUCGACAGAUUCCUUGCGGUUCAUCAAAUCGUGAGGAAAAAGCUUCAGCUUGUUGGCGUCACUGCUUUGUUGCUAGCUUGCAAGUACGAGGAAGUCUCAGUUCCAGUAGUUGAUGAUCUCAUCUUGAUCUCUGACAAAGCCUAUUCUAGAAGAGAAGUACUCGAUAUGGAGAAGCUAAUGGCCAACACCUUGCAAUUCAAUUUCUCUUUGCCUACUCCGUAUGUGUUCAUGAAACGGUUCCUCAAAGCUGCCCAAUCUGACAAAAAGCUUGAGGUUUUGUCGUUUUUUAUCAUCGAUCUUUGCCUCGUGGAGUACGAGAUGUUGGAGUAUCCUCCGUCCAAGCUAGCAGCCUCGGCAGUCUACACUGCGCAGUGUGCACUUAAUGGAUUUGAGGAAUGGAGCAAAACCUGUGAGUUUCACACAGGCUACAAGCAAGAACAGCUACUGGAAUGCGCAAGAAAGAUGGUUGCUUUCCAUCACAAGGCAGGAGCAGGGAAGCUGACAGGAGUUCACAGGAAGUACAACACAUCGAAGUUCUCUUAUGCUGCAAGAACUGAACCAGCUGGGUUUCUGCUUUAA